AAUAGGAUGGAUCGUACAGUUAAUUAAAGUGUCAUGUCAGAGAGCCAUACUCCGAUGAGCUCGGCCGCUUAGGACUGUUGUUGCACCACCAUGUUUACGUGGCCUCGCAGCACCGGGCUCCAGUGCCCGUGUGUGCUCGUCCGGGUCGUGUGAAGUGUGGGACGGCCCGACGAGGAAAUUUUGUUGUGGAUUCAGGCUGCUCGGAAGGCCGCGUGUAGCUAGAACCUUAAAGGAAGAAUGGCUGAAACCCAGACACUCAACUUUGGACCAGAAUGGCUCCGUGCCCUGUCUGGAGGUAGUGGCACCAGUGGUGGUGGUGGAAGCACCAACCCUGUUGCCUCUCCACCCCUCUCACCUGUGUUGCCAAAGUAUAAACUUGCAGACUAUCGCUACGGGAGAGAAGAAAUGUUAGCACUUUAUGUAAAGGAUAACAAGAUCCCUAUCGACCUACACGAUAAGGAGUUCCUGCCCAUAUUGCAAGAGGAGCCCCUGCCGCCUCUGGCACUCGUGUCUUUUACAGAGGAGGAACAGAGAAAUUUUUCCAUGUCUGUAAACAGUGCAGCAGUACUUCGGCUGACAGGCCGAGGAAAUGGUCCAAUAGUGGGGGCACCAAGAGGCCGAAGUACCUCAAGGGGUAGAGGCCGAGGAAGAGGAGAUGGAGGGUUUUACCAAAGAAGUUUUGAUGAUGUGGACGGUUUUGGUCGCGGAGCGCGGGAGAUGCAUCGCUCCCAGAGCUGGGAGGAGAGGGGAGAUAGGAGGUUUGAAAAGCCAGUUCGAAAAGAGCCAGAUGCUGCUCCGGGACAUUUUCAAUUGAACCACAUCCGCGCAAACUACGAGGACGUCGUGCCAGGCCUACCGAGGAAGCAUGACUUGUUCCGUUCAGAGAGCGGGAACUGGCGUUGUUCUCGUGAUGAUCAGAAUGGCGAGGUUGAUGAGUGGGGCCGUCGACUGGCAGUUUCUCAACGGGACAGUGACCGGUGGUGCCCCCCCAACCCAGAUGCUCCUCGGUCAGCAGGGUGGCGGGAAUACCCAGAGCAGCGUCGCCGUUUCCCGUUUGAUGCGAGAGAAGAGGAGCGCGGCUACAGGAGGCCACGGUCAGGCAGCGGCAGCCUGGAAGACGAGAGAGACAGUCUGCCAGAGUGGUGUCUGGAGGACGCAGAAGAGGAGGCAGGCACCUUCGACUCAUCAGGCGCCUUUCUCUCGCUCAAGAAAGCCUCAAAGGAGCCCAUCCUGGAAGAGGCAGAGCUCGACUUCAAGCCCCUGGAAGAGUGUGAAGAGGGCUUGGAGGAGGAGGAGGACGGUCAACACAAGGAGACCAAAGAAACAGAAUCGGAGGCUGAUCGAAAAGAGUUUUCCAGAGUGUCAGAAGAGCCUCCACCUGUUGCACCUCCUGUCUCGGAUCCUCAAGUCUCUGGCCAGUCUUUGCCCCCAAGCCAGCCGAGCAGAACAGAAGAGGCUGAGAGGCUAGUUGAACGGCAGCCACCCCUGGAGCUCCCUCCAGAGCCCUGCAAAGUCCCCAUGCACAUCCCGAUGUCCAACAGCAUGCUGGAGUCCCUACCCAUGACCCACAUUUCUACCACCCUUACAGAUGUAUCUGCUCCAUCGCUCAGUGUCAAGCUACCGCAGCAAAAACCCAUGGAGGUUCCUGUGUCCAUGAACAACCCUUUGCCUUUCCCUUCGAGUAUAUUGGCACAUUUAGGCCGGCCUACUGCUGUGACACACGACACAGAUGAAGAUGAGGGACUAAAACACUUUGAACAGGAGGCAGAAAAGAUGGUGGCGUACCUACAAGAUGGCGUGGUGGAUGAUGACAGACUCGCAGCAAAGACUUCAGUGAAGCCCAAGUCUGCAGGCAUGCCGCUCACCCAUGAAGCUGCUCUCAAGUGGUUCUACAAAGAUCCCCAGGGGGAGAUACAGGGUCCAUUCAAUAACCAGGAGAUGACUGAGUGGUUUCAAGCUGGUUACUUCACAGUGUCUCUGUUGGUCAAAAGAGGGUGUGAUGAAGUAUUUCAGGCACUGGGAGAGAUCAUGAAGAUUUGGGGGAGGGUACCGUUCACUCCAGGCCCUGCUCCUCCACCUUUACAGGGUGAUGGUGACCAAGAGAGGCUGAAGAGGCAGCAGGAGCUCACUGCUCUCAAUCUCUACCAGUUACAGCAGCUCCAAUAUCAAUACCUCCUCAGGCAGCAGUAUGCUCAGGCCCUGGCCCAGCAGAAGGCCGCAGCUCUUAGCUCUGCUCCACUUCAACAACAGCAGCAACACCAACAGCAGAUCAACCUGCUACUACAGCAAUACCAGGCACUCAAGAUAAGAGCGUCUGAGAGCCUCCUACCUCCUGUGACCCGGUCUCUUUCUGUACCAGACUCUGGUUCUGUGUGGGAAAUGCAGAAAUCGUCCUCUCAGGCUUCCUGCACACCAAACCUAAAACAAGCUGCUCCGAGUACAUGGGAUGGCAGCAGUGUUUGGGAUUUACCCAUAGACUCCAUGGCACAGGCUCCAACCAUUGAGCAGAUGCAACAGUUAGAAAAGUCAAAGGCAUCAAAGUUGGAGCUAGAGCGGCGUGAGGCAGAGAUGAGAGCCAAAAGGGAGGAAGAGGAGAGGAAACGGCUGGAGGAGGCCCUGAGGGCUCGACAGGAGGAGGAACGCAAACGAUUAGCAGAAGAGGAGCUGGCACGGCAAAAACAGGAGGAGGCUUUGAGGCGGCAGCGAGAGCAAGAAGAGGCACAGCGGCGGCAAAAAGAAGACGAGGAGAGACUGGCACAGGAGGAAGCUCUCAGAAGACUAGAGGAGAGGCGGAGGGAAGAAGAGGAGAGAAAGAAACGAGAAGAGUUCCUUCGCAAACAGGAAGAGGAACGCAGAAAGCAGGAGGAACUUGAAGCAUUCCGAAGGCGUGAGGACGAGAAGCGAGCGGAGGAGGAGGCGGCGGCUGCUGCGGUGGCAGCUGCUCUCGCCCAGCAGCAACAGGAGGAGCAGAAAAGACGAGAGCAGGAGGCGCAAAGACAGCAGGAGCUGCAGAGACAGAGGCAGCAGCAACAAGAGGCCCUCAGGAGACUUCAACAACAGCAGCAGCAGCAGCAGCUCGCACAAAUGAAGCUUCCAUCCUCCUCGAAGUGGGGCCACCAGUCAGCCAACGCCAUAAACCAGACUCAGAACGCCCUGUCACUGGCCGAAAUCCAGAAACUGGAAGAGGAGCGAGAACGACAGGACAGGGAGGAGCAGCGACGUCAGCAACAAGAGCUCCUGAAGCUACAGCAGCAACAAGCCCUGCAACAGGCGCAGCAGCCUCAGGCCAAGCUGUCCGGUUGGGGUACUGUGGCCAAACAGCCAGUUGCUACCAAGUCCUUGCUGGAGAUUCAGAGGGAGGAAGCCCAGCAGAUGAAACAGCGAAAGGAGCAGCAGCAGCAACAGCAGCAGCAACAGCAGCAACAGCAACAGCAGCAGCAGCCCCCACCGCAGCAACAGCCACCACCACAACCACACCCCGUUGUCACCCAGCAGAGCCGCACACAAAACAGAACCACAUCUCUGAGUAACUCAGUGUGGGGGUCUGUCAACACCAGCCCCUGCACUAACUGGGGCUCUGACUCCAGCAGCAUCUGGGGAGACACCCACAACUCUAACAUGGGCUUCUGGGACGAGGCCGUGAAGGAGGCUGUUCAGCAACCUCCUCCAACCAAGAAAGCAAGCACGCAGAAGAAUAACAAAGGGAACGCCAACCUCAGUAACUCUUCGAGUGGGCGAGUCAACAAGAAGGUAGAAGAGGAGGAGAAGCUGGUAAAGUUGUUCCAAGGGGUCAACAAGAGCCACCAGGACACCUUCAUGCAAUGGUGUGAGCAAACCCUGCACACCCUCAACACUGCCAACAAUCUGGAUGUUCCUACGUUUGCUUCCUUCCUGAAAGAAGUGGAUUCUCCUUAUGAGGUGCACGACUACGUCAGGGCCUAUCUGGGGGACACUCCUGAGGCCAAGGACUUUGCCAAGCAGUUCCUGGAACGUCGUGCCAAACAGAACGCGAAUCAACAGAAGCAGGCGCCGCAAAACCAACAGCAGGCCCACAAACAGCAGCAGGAUUCUGUAUGGGGCGGAACAGGAUCGCCGUCGCUCUACCAGUCGUCCAACCAUUCGAGUGGCCAGCAGCAGCAGCAGCGCUUUGAGACCGUCACCUCAGGGAAGAAGAAAAAGAAACAGAAGAUGGUCCGUGCGGACCCCAGCCUUCUAGGUUUUUCUGUGAACGCGGCCUCUGAGAGAUUGAAUAUGGGAGAGAUAGAGACUUUGGAGGAGUUUUAAGGGACUGCCGCCAACCAACGCCACUGACUGUAUCCGAUUUUGAACAGCAGCUGUUUUACCCCAAACUCCUUCCCCGGCCUCCGACUGCUACCACGACUUUCACCUUUUUUAUUUACAGUUUCCCACUUAUCAGACAUUCUCUGGUGUUUUUCCCCCCAUAGAUUCUAAAUUGUGAACAAACGGGGGAUCUCUGAGGCAACGUGUGUUUUCCCGUUAGUAACGGACGUGUAAUCUGACGAAAAAGAGAGAAAUGGACUGGAGCAGACUGGCCAGUGGAACAUCCCCGUCACCUGACGAACUCGAGUUUGUGGAGAGAGUCUGUUUGGCGGCUCCACCUCAAAGCAUGUACCCGUUUUAGAAAUCCACUGCGAUAACCCAUUUCAAAUUUGGCCUCAAAUGUACGGGAUCGUUUCUUUUAAAAGUGGGGACAUAUGGAUGGGGUUGUGGGGAUAUUCUGCAAAGGUUAGAGAGAUUAUAUCCAUAGUUUUGUUUUAUUUAUUGAAAUUUUUUCCCCUUACAAUUUAAACCCUCCUUCCUCCUCCUCUUUCCCCUCCCCGUUUUCUGCUGGGUGUUCGUGGAUAAUUACGGCAAAGUAGAGCCCAAGGAUUCGUACCCACUUAUGUCCUGUUUUAAGGGCAUGUUCAAAAGUUCCAAGUAGUUAUCUAUUUCUUGUAAAAUACUAGGCUGUUUAAAGAAUAAACUUUCAACUCUG